AUGAACAAAAGCUUUUGCUGCCCAUUUGAUGAUCAAUCAUUUGAUACAAGAAAAGAACUCGAAGUCCACAUCGACAAAGCACACGUUAACUAUUUAAGAGACUCGGACACCAAAAACUGCGCCACCUCUUCUUUCGAUAGCUACCCCAGCUCAUCAGAAGAUUGCAUUGGAAUUCCAUCUUGGCAGUCUUCGAGAGAUUUAGAUGUAAUUCUAAAAUCAAUAAAAAUCCCUGAAAAUCCUUUAAGCGAUAUCGGCAAGCUUUCUGAGAAAAGAAUUCUCAAAAUUGCUCAAACUGCUUUUAUUUCGGACCUGAGGGAAUUGAAUUUAAGCAAGAGAGGGCUAAGCACCUUUGACUCAAACGAUAGGUUUGAUAUCUCUAAACUUUCGAAUUUGCAAGUUCUGGACUUGUCGGAAAAUUAUUUAACCAGUUUGAAGGGCGUUGGGGAUUGCAAAAAUUUGACAUAUUUAAAUGUCAGCAAAAACAGUAUCACUGACGUUACACCAUUAAGCAAUUUAUGCUUUUAGGCUUGAAUUCUCCUUAAAUUUAAUAUAAUGGCAGGAUAUGGCUUAAAUAACAAUGCUAAUUUUUCUGCAUGAUUUAGUUAAGAAGUAUACAAAAACUCAAAAUAUUCAAAGCAAGCAAAAAUAAAAUUAAAGACAUUUCACCUCUUGGCAAAUGUAAAAGGCUUACUGAGUUAAAGCUGAAUGGCAAUUUAUUAGUCAAUUUCAGUGUUGUCCUAAGCAUUUUUAAAAAUUUUCACAGGCUCAGCAAGCUUUCAAUUAUGAAUAACCCUUGCAUGAUCAACCUAAAAAAUUCCAGGACUGAAAUUCUUUCAAACCUUUGGCUGGAAGAACUUGAUAGAGCAGAUGUCAAGAUGGAAUCAAAACUGUUGGCAAGAGAAAAGUCAAAAUCUAAUAAAAAACAAAGUAAAUUAUCAGAAGUUACACUAAAUAGUACUAGACUUAUUAUACAUUACGGAAAAUGUGAACAAGAGCAACAACUUAAAGCUUUGAGAGAUGAAAACUAUAAAUUGAGAGAAGAGGUCAAUAAGGUGAAAAACUUAAUUUUGCAUCUUAUUAGAAGGGAAACAAAAAGAAGUGUACAAGAAGACAGUAAAGUUGCAGAAAUUGCUAGUUAG